AUGGUUCUCCUGACCGUCGAAGAUUUCCAUCAAGAAGCGAAGCAUAAACUCCCGAGGCUUGCCCUGAAUUAUUAUAACGGGGCAGCAGAUGAUGAAAGGACUCUCAGGCGCAAUCAAAAUGCCUUCGAAAGGUUCCUAAUUGUACCUAGAUGCUUACAAGACGUCUCUCAUGUGAACACCUCGACUAACUUUCUUGGGAAGAGUUUUUCUUUUCCUAUCGCGGUAGCUCCAACAGCUUUUCACAAGAUGGCUAGUGCCAAUGGGGAAGUAGACACUGCCAGAGCAACAGCCAAAAUGAACACCUUGAUGAUAGCCAGUUCAUGGUCAACUGUGCCAUUGGAAAAAAUUGCUGGAGAAGUUAGAGACCACGGAGGCGAUCUUUGGUUUCAAUUGUAUGUUUACAAGGACAAAAGUGUCACGAAGUUAUUAAUUGAACGGGCAGUGAGAGCCAAAUGCUCAGCUAUUGUCCUGACAGUGGACACUCCCGUUCUAGGAAGACGUUUGGCUGACUUACGUCAUGGUUUCUCUCUUCCGAAACCUUUUCGCUUAGCCAACUUCUCAUCAGACAUGCUGGAGAAUAUGCCUGAUGGAGAUACUGGAAUAUCAGGAUUUAUGGAUUAUGUCACUAAUCAAAUCGAUAGUUCCCUCAGCUGGGAGACCGUUGAUUACAUCAAACGUAUCUGCCCUUUACCAUUAAUCCUUAAAGGAAUUGUGAGAGCUGACGACGCUGCUGAAGCUCUUAACCACUCGAUUGAUGGGAUUAUUGUAUCGAACCAUGGAGGCCGUCAACUAGAUAGUUCCAUUUCAACUAUAGAAGCGCUUCCUGCAGUCGUUCAUGCGAUCAAGGGGAAGAUUCCGGUAUUUAUGGAUGGUGGAGUACGUAAUGGACGUGAUAUAUUCAAAGCCAUCGCUUUGGGAGCAACUGCUGUUUUCAUUGGUAGACCAAUUCUCUGGGGUCUGGCCGUAGAUGGGGAACAGGGAGUUCGCAAAGUUCUGGAUAUUCUUCAAACGGAAUUCGUUCACACUAUGCGUCUCGCAGGGACCAACUCAAUCAAAAACGUGAAAAAUACUGAAAACCUGGUGAUUCAUGACUCGUUUAUAUCAAAGCUAUAA